GUCCGGUUCCCAAGUCAUUACUCCACGCGAUCCGAUCUCCUCGAGACACGGCCCGAGCUGCCCCAGAGACACCACUGCUGACAUAUACCACCAGACCCCGCUCCAGUCGUCGUCGUCGCAGUUCAUUAGGGGAAUUGAAAGUGCUUUGUUUGGAUUCGCAUUCAGCCAGCAAGUCAGCCCGUUUGGGUGUUGCCAGUGAAGGCCUUUCUGGCUUUAAUUGAUUCGACUCGAAAUAUCUGACUGCCAAUAGAGCCGAUCCAACAUGAAAGUGAUGCAACGCGUUCUCUUCGUCGGCUGCCUGAUGUUGUGUGGAGUGGGUCUGGCGAGGUCUCAGGACUACCAGGAUUACCAGGAGAACACACCUAGGACAGCGCCGUUGCGCCUGCGCACGAAUCCCGCUCCUGCCCAGGUGGAGAGGGCCACUCCGGUGCCCAUACUCAAGCAGAUCAACAAGCACAAUGAGGAUGGGUCCUACACUUAUGGCUACGAGGGUGCCGAUGGCUCCUUCAAAAUCGAAACCAAACUGGCCACCGGCGAAGUCAAGGGCAAGUAUGGCUAUGUGGACGAGACCGGCAAGGUGCGUGUGGUGGAGUACGGGGCCAACAAGUAUGGAUUCCAACCCUCCGGCGAGGGCAUCACAGUGGCACCACCCACCCUGGUGGACGAGACAGCCAAGGAAGAGCCCGACUACGCAGAUGAGCCGGCUCCACAGCGCCCCCAGAAACCAUAUCGGAUUAAUCGUCCCCAGUCCCGCCCCCACUCCGCUCCAGUGCCACGCCCCCAGCCACCGCCGCCGCAACCUCAGCCUCAGUAUGUGCAAUACGAGGAGGAGGAGGAGCCGCCACGUCGGAUUCAGUAUGCUCCUCAGCCUCAGCCACAGCCACAGCCUCUGCCACAGCAGCAUCAUCAGCACCAGCAGCAGGCAUCCUUAGGUCCAGCGCCGCCACGCCUUCAGAUACCCGGCGCCCAGCGCACCACCGAUGUCCUGUACUCGCCGCUCCAGCGUCCCGCCCGCCCGGAGCCGGACUACUCCCAGUCCCAGAGCUUCGGAGAUGGACCCUCCAAUGUGCGGAUCUCCCGUCCGGUGUAUGCCCUUCCGCCCGCCUCUCCCGCUCCGAGCAGCGCCCGCGCCCAAGGCUUCCUGGCCCCCGCUUCCGGUGGUCGUCCGCUGCUGGAGCCCGUGGGCUUUGGUCACUCCCAGGCUUCCGUGCCUUCUCGACCCGUCCAGCAGCAGCAGCACCAGCCGCAGCCAAGCUACCAGCCCCAGCCCCAGGCACGCAGCGGCGGAGGAGGAGCAGGUCUCCUGGACCAGCUGGCCAGGGACUAUGCCUUGCCCCAGGGCAACGCCCAGCCGCUGCACGACAUCACAUUUGGCUACUACUGAGUAGAGAUAGCUUCCCAAUUCCUCCAGAGAUUCCUUGAUUCUAGGUCCUAAUUGCACGGGUGUGCGAGAUUUUUGUC